AUGACCCCCACUUGUGCUAUUGUGUAUGGUAUUAUGAACAGGGGCCGUAGCAGCUGGCUAGCUAGCGGCCACUUUGUCGGAGGGAAAUGGGGCCUCAUCAUCAGACCAUUCUUGUUCACUGUGCAGGACGAUCUGCAAGCUCUGUUGCAGGUCCUUCCAUCUGAUUUGCAUGACAAUCUCCUAAAUGAAGUAAAGAGGGAUGAACUUUUGGAGGUUAUAUUGGAUUUGGGUCGUUUUCCAGAGGCACGUUAUCUUGGCCAGGAUGGCGGGAAAUAUAUUAGGAAAACUGAGGUAACAGUGGAAGAGUUGGAACGUGCUCAACAAGCUGUUGGAGAAUUUGGGAGGGACAAUAGAGCUGGCAUUGAGGGCACAUUGCACAGAAUAUCUGCAAUCAGAAGUAGGAAAGGUGGCAUAGUUGGUUUGACAUGUCGAGUUGGGAGGGCGGUUAGUGGCCAUAUUGACAUGGUGUAUGACCUGCUUCAAUAUGGAAGGAGCAUUUUAUUUGUUGGAAGGCCUGGAGUUGGCAAGACUACAGUCAUGCGAGAGAUUGCACGUGUGCUGUCGGGUGAAUUUCAUAAGAGAGUGGUAAUUGUUGAUACAAGCAAUGAAAUUGGAGGGAAUGGCAAUAUUCCACAUGCAGCAAUAGGAAGUGCUCGGAGAAUGCAGGUACCUGAGCCAUCAAUGCAACAUAGAGUGAUGAUUGAGGCAGUAGAAAAUCACAUGCCUGAGGUGAUAAUAGUAGAUGAAAUUGGCACUGAAGCUGAAGCUCAUGCUUGUCGGUCAAUUGCUGAGCGAGGAAUCAUGCUUAUUGGGACUGCUCAUGGACAGCUUCUUGAGAAUAUCAUGAAGAAUUCUAUACUCUCUGAUCUGAUUGGUGGAAUACAAGCAGUUACUUUGGGAGAUGCAGAAGCCAGGGCCAGAAAUUGUCAGAAGAUAGUUCUUGAGAGGAAAGCUCCUCCAACAUUUGAUUUCCUAAUUGAGAUGAGAGACAGGCACUACUGGAUUACUCAUCAGACAGACAAAAGUGUAGAUAUGUUGCUUCGAGGAAAGAGUCCACAGGUUGAGGUGAGGAAAAGGGAUGCAAAGUGCAAGGUUGUGAUAGAGAAAUCAAAACCUUAUGAUAAAUGUAUUUGAUAAUCUCCCUUUCCCCUUAUGCAUAAUAUAAUAUAGAGAGAAUCACAUUCAAGGACCAUUUAAGCAAAUUAUUAGCAUAUAAGAACCAAUAUAGAAUGGAUUGUUGUUAAAAUAAAAAUGUGAACUUGUUUUUUGUGAAAUGGAAUUUAUUGUUAA